CUUGAUGGGAACCCCCUUGCAAGACCAGCUUUUCUUGCUUCCCAAUACAAGUUAGAAGGUCUUGAUCUUUCUCACAAUAACUUGAAAGGAAAUUUUCCCAACUGGUUGUUCAAAAAUCUUACCAGACUAACAUAUCUCAACUUGAGAAAUACCUCAAUGACGGGUGCAUUGCAGUUCCCGAAUCAUCCGAAUGCAGUCAUGUCCAUAGUUGAUCUCUCUAUGAAUUUCCUCAAUGGAUCGAUUCCUACAGACAUCGGCACGAUAUUUCCAAAUAUGACGGCUCUGAAUUUAUCCUCCAAUCAUCUAACUGGAAAUAUCCCUUCAUCAUUGGGUAACAUGAGCAAUUUGCGAGACUUGGAUUUGUCCAAUAAUAAUUUAUCCGGUGAAGUACCAACUAGCCUUAUGCUCGAUUGCACUGAAUUGUGGCUUCUGAAGCUUUCCAACAACAACUUGCACGGCAAGCUGCUUGGUACAGAUCAUAGUCAUGCUUCUCCUCCAUUUGUUUUUCUGGAUGGAAACAAUUUUACUGGAACAUUGCGGAGCUUUCUGUCACAACAACAGCAAUUAUUUGUAUUGGAUGUCCACAAUAACCAAUUAUCGGGUAUAAUUCCAGAGAGUAUAGGAAAUGCUUCUGAUCUGGUGUUCCUUAACCUCGCAGGAAAUCAUUUUCAUGGUCAAGUACCACAUCAUAUAUGUAAUUUGACAAAUCUUUACAUGUUAGACUUAUCAAGUAAUAUCCUCUCCGGAUCAUUACCUCGUUGCUUCCAAUCAUCCGGACCGAGGCUUCUCGACUUUGCUGGGAAUGCUAUAACAGGCACAAUUCCAAGUGGUUAUUUCAAUAAUUCAUUCCUUGCAGCAUUGGAUGUCAGCAAUAACCAGCUUUCAGGUAAACUGCCGAGACAGAUAGAAGAUCAUUUAUCUUUGGAGAUUCUUCUUCUCAGUAGAAAUUCACUUGAAGGCCCAAUACCAAUUGAGUUAUGCAAGCUGCAGUAUUUACAUGUUCUGGACCUUUCGCAAAACAAUCUUUCAGGAUCAAUACCCUCUUGCUUUGGCAAAAUGCACUUCAGGAAACCUGAUUCAGCAUAUUCAGAUCUCCUUCACGAUGUUGAUUACUUUGUCAAGAUCGAUAUGGGUGUGGAGAUAUUGGUAGACCUUAUGACAAAGGGCAACUUAUAUGCCUACGCAACAGAUCAUUUGCUUCAGAUGUCCGCAAUGGAUUUGUCAGCAAACAAGUUGACAGAAAACAUCCCGCCAGAAAUUGGAAAUCUACAUGAGCUUGUACAAUUGAAUCUAUCACACAAUCAGCUAACAGGUCCAAUUCCUGAAACUUUCUCAAAACUCAAUCAGAUUGAGAGCUUGGAUAUAUCACACAAUCAGUUGAGUGGUGUGAUACCCCGGCAAUUGGCUCAACUACAUUUCUUGGAGGUCUUCUCUGUUGCUUACAAUAACUUAUCUGGAUGUACACCGGAUUUCAAAGACCAAUUUGGCACAUUCGACAAGAGUAGCUAUGAAGGUAAUGUUAGAUUACAUGGGCCGCCACUGGAGAAGACCUGUACAUCUGCCUCAAGCCCAAUUGUGCCACCCCAAGUAGAAGAAAACCAAGAAGAUAGCAAUGUGGAGGAUGAUGCCAUCUUCUUUGCAAUACUUGCAGCAUCAUUUGUAGUUGGCUUCUGGGGUUGCAUUGCCUUUUUGUCAUGUCAUCACACUGGGCUAAACAUUCGCAGUAUAAUGGAUGGUUACGUGGACUCCUUGACUGAAAGAAUAUUAAUGGCAGCACAUAAGAGAAACCGCAUGCAGCGGCGUCGCAGGUGA